UAUAAGGGAAGGGUCACGCGCUCAGUGUGCUGAGAGUGUCCUGCCUGGUCCUCUGUGCCUGGUGGGGUGGGGGUGCCAAGUGUGUCCAGAGGAGCCCAUUUGGUAGUGAGGCAGGUAUGGGGCUAGAAGCACUGGUGCCCCUGGCCGUGAUAGUGACCAUCUUCCUGCUCCUGGUGGACCUGAUGCACCGGCGCCAACGCUGGGCUGCACGCUACCCACCAGGCCCCCUGCCACUGCCCGGGCUGGGCAACCUGCUGCAUGUGGACUUCCAGAACACACCAUACUGCUUCGACCAGUUGCGGCGCCGCUUCGGGGACGUGUUCAGCCUGCAGCUGGCUUGGACGCCGGUGGUCGUGCUCAAUGGGCUGGCGGCCGUGCGCGAGGCGCUGGUGACCCACGGCGAGGACACCGCCGACCGCCCCCCUGUGCCCAUCACCCAGAUCCUGGGUUUUGGGCCGCGUUCCCAAGGGGUGUUCCUGGCGCGCUAUGGGCCCGCGUGGCGCGAGCAGAGGCGCUUCUCCGUGUCCACCUUGCGCAACUUGGGCCUGGGCAAGAAGUCGCUGGAGCAGUGGGUGACCGAGGAGGCCGCCUGCCUUUGUGCCGCCUUCGCCAACCACUCCGGACGCACCUUUCGCCCCAACGGCCUCUUGGACAAAGCUGUGAGCAACGUGAUCGCCUCCCUCACCUGCGGGCGCCGCUUCGAGUACGACGACCCUCGCUUCCUCAGGCUGCUGGACCUAGCUCAGGAGGGACUGAAGGAGGAGUCGGGCUUUCUGCGCGAGGUGCUGAAUGCCAUCCCCGUCCUCCUGCACAUCCCAGCGCUGGCUGGCAAGGUCCUACGCUUCCAAAAGGCUUUCCUGACCCAGCUGGAUGAGCUGCUAACUGAGCACAGGAUGACCUGGGACCCAGCCCAGCCCCCCCGAGACCUGACUGAGGCCUUCCUGGCAGAGAUGGAGAAGUAUCCUCUCGGCCCUGCUCAGGCCAAGGGGAACCCUGAGAGCAGCUUCAAUGAUGAGAACCUGCGCAUAGUGGUGGCUGACCUGUUCUCUGCCGGGAUAGUGACCACCUCGACCACGCUGGCCUGGGGCCUCCUGCUCAUGAUCCUACAUCCGGAUGUGCAGCGCCGUGUCCAACAGGAGAUCGACGACGUGAUAGGGCAGGUGCGGCGACCAGAGAUGGGUGACCAGGCUCGCAUGCCCUACACCACUGCCGUGAUUCACGAGGUGCAGCGCUUUGGGGACAUCGUCCCCCUGGGUGUGACCCAUAUGACAUCCCGUGACAUCGAAGUACAGGGCUUCCGCAUCCCUAAGGGCACGACGCUCUUCACCAACCUGUCAUCAGUGCUGAAGGAUAAGGCUGUCUGGGAGAAGCCCUUCCGCUUCCACCCCGAACACUUCCUGGAUGCCCAGGGCCACUUUGUGAAGCCGGAGGCCUUCCUGCCUUUCUCAGCAGGCCGCCGCGCAUGCCUCGGGGAGCCCCUGGCCCGCAUGGAGCUCUUCCUCUUCUUCACCUCCCUGCUGCAGCACUUCAGCUUCUCGGUGCCCACCGGACAGCCCCGGCCCAGCCACCAUGGUGUCUUUGCUUUCCUGGUGACCCCAUCCCCCUAUGAGCUUUGUGCUGUGCCCCGCUAGAAUGGGGUACCUAGUCCCCAGCCUGCUCCCUAGCCAGGGGCCCUGAUGUACAAUAAAGCAAUGUGGUAGUUCCAA